AAAAUACACUGUGGGCGCAGGGAGGCGUUAGCAGCUCCAGUCUGAACCAGAACUAGCUGAACAGCCUUUACCAUUGGGCUAGCACGAACAUAACACGAGAACACUGGAACGCCACGACGGAUUUCUUGUGGGACAAGCGAACAGGCCUCGCUGCUAAAACGAUGCCUCAGACCAGACGGUACUCGUCUUCGGACAGAGACAGUAGAAGCAGCUACAAGGACCGCUACAGAGACAGAGGUCGAAGACACCGACACAGAAGAUCGCCUACUUACUCCUCCAGCAGUGACAGAGACAGAGACCGAGACAGAAGGGGACGAGGGCAGAGACAGGAAGGAAGCUUUGCACGUUCAAGGAGUCGUAGCUAUGACAAUCGCUCCACGGAGCAACGGCCAUUUGACCGAAGGUACUGCGAGGGAUACAGACGCCUUGAUCAGAGCCGAGAUGGAGACCGGGACAGAGAACGGGAACCACAUGGAGCAACAGAAAGUUACUACCCACGUGAUUUCUCGCCAAACAUGUAUGACUACCGGCGUGGCCGCGAGAGGGAGCGUGAACGGGAUGAGUCUUACCGGCGGAAAGGCAGCAGGCGUAAGCACAAACGAAGGCGGCGUAGAACCAGGUCCUAUAGCCCAUCCUCCUCGCGGAGUGACAGUCGGACGAGGGCACUGAGUGUGAGGGACGACGAGGAAGGGCACCUGAUCUGUCGGAGUGGGGACGUCCUGCAAGAGAGAUAUGAGAUUGUCAGCACUUUGGGGGAAGGCACCUUUGGGAGGGUGAUGCAAUGCAUCGACCAUCGCAGGGGAGGAGCCCACGUUGCAUUGAAAAUCAUCAAGAAUGUAGAAAAGUACAAAGAAGCAGCUCGCUUGGAGAUCAAUGUAUUAGAGAAGAUCAACGAAAAGGACCCUGAGAACAAGUUCCUGUGUGUACAGAUGUAUGACUGGUUCGACUACCACGGUCACAUGUGCAUCUCCUUUGAGCUGCUAGCUCUCAGCACCUUCGACUUUCUAAAGGAAAACAACUACCUGCCGUACUCCAUUGGUCAGGUCAGGCACAUGGCCUACCAACUUUGUCUCUCUGUGAAAUUUCUCCAUGACAAUAAGCUGACACACACAGACUUGAAGCCUGAGAACAUCCUGUUUGUAAACUCAGACUUCACAAUGUCCUUCAAUGUAGAGAAGAAACGAGAAGAGCGGACGGUGAAGAGCACUGCAGUGCGUGUGGUGGAUUUUGGAAGUGCAACUUUUGACCACGAGCACCACAGCACCAUUGUGUCCACACGGCAUUACAGAGCCCCCGAGGUCAUAUUAGAGCUGGGCUGGAGUCAUCCCUGUGAUGUGUGGAGCAUUGGCUGUAUCCUGUUUGAAUACUACCUUGGCUUCACCUUGUUUCAGACUCAUGACAACAGGGAGCAUUUGGCCAUGAUGGAGAGAAUCCUGGGGCCAGUUCCCUCUAGGAUGAUUCGCAAGACGAGGAAACAGAAGUAUUUUUACCGUGGUCGUCUGGACUGGGACGAGAGCUCCUCAGCUGGGAAAUAUGUCAGAGAAAAUUGCAAACCUUUACGGCGGUACUUGCUGUCGGAGGCAGAGGAGCACCACCAGCUGUUUGACCUCGUUGAAAGCAUGUUGGAGUACGAGCCUACCAAGAGACUAUCAUUAGCCGACGCCCUAAAACACCCUUUCUUUGAGAAUGGGGGGGCCAGUGAGGCAGCAGGCAGCAAGAGCUGGGAGGGAAACCGGGACAUCAGCCGGUGACCCACGAGCCUCCUAAGACUGAAUGACAGAGGAAAUAAAGUCUUUCUAUAAGCGGAGCAGAUGAAAUGUUUCUCAUUAAAGCAUGGACACUUGAACUUCCUGCUCGGCCACCCUGCCACUCUGACAUCCACCUCUGCAGCCACACGAGGCAUGUUAUUGCAGCUGAGAGACCGCCACCUAACCUUGAGAAGAGUCAAAAAGGAAUCUUUUAUUUUGGCCUCAAAGUAGCCCUCUAUGCAGCUCCUGUCUUCCUUCAACUUCUGAACACCUUCCUUCCAUCCGUCCAUAUGUUUGUUUCAUCAGCAUGUGAAAGAAUUAUUCAUUUUCUGAGGAAAUGAGCAAACUGCAAAGUCAGUUAUACUCCGUUUUUGAAAGGAAAUGUCCUCCAAUUCUGAAAUGUAAGCAAAGAGUAAAAUGGAGAUGGAGCUGUAUAUGCAAUGUAGGUCUUCACCCAAGUCCUUUUGAACAUGGAGACAUGCAAAAUACUCGAUUAUGUUACAUCAUAUAAUUCAAAUUGAAUAUUUUAUUAUCUUGGAAAUUGUGUCUCAAGUUUUCAAAGUGAGAACUUGCAUUGCAUAUAAAUUUUGUUGUUUCUUUUUUUAUCUAUAAAAGGAUUAUGUCUGAUGUGGAGACUCUUAAUCCCCAGUCUGCAGGCCUGCUAUAACUCGCCAAUGAGAUGAUAAUGGUGAUGGACACUCCACACUCACAGGCCUCUUUGGUCUGUCCUAUUCAUAGAUAUAUAUGUUUGUUAUGAUAUGCUUUCUGGGUGUGAGUGAGUAUGUGUCUGUGCAGGGGUGGGAUGGUGUGGGUGACACAUUUAUGUUCAUGUUUUGCUUCUUUGUAGUUCAGGUUAGACAUGGAAACUUUCUCUCACACUUUUAAAGACAUGAAAACAUAAACUGCCUUUUCCGUCGAGGUUAAGCACACAGCUUCUGGUGGUAGCCAGCGAGCCACACACAGCUCCUGUUGAUAGUAUUUAUUUUGAGUUGCAGUAGGUCAUAGUCUCCACCCCCCACCUUGUACAUGACUUUUUUUGUAUGAAAUUAAAGCGUAUAAAACUGUAUAUAUGUAACAUUGUGUAGAAUUAAAGUUAAGUCCUCCUUGCCAGAGGCUUAUGGUGCUCUCAGUAUCGGUUUGGGCCUCUGGUAGGUGAAGGGAGGUGAUCUGUCUUUAAA